GCCGUGGAAGUCGCGCUGCAGGCGUCGCGCCAGUCUUCGCUCUGAGGUGCUGUCUCACCGGUGAGACCUGGAAGCGUGCGAGUCUCGCGCUGUGUCGGACCUGCAGCCCCUGGCCUUCCGCCACCAUGGAGUACCUCAUCGGUAUCCAAGGCCCCGACUAUGUUCUUGUCGCCUCCGACCGGGUGGCCGCCAGCAAUAUUGUCCAGAUGAAGGACGAUCAUGACAAGAUGUUUAAGAUGAGUGAAAAGAUAUUACUCCUGUGUGUUGGAGAGGCUGGAGACACUGUACAGUUUGCAGAAUAUAUUCAGAAAAACGUGCAACUUUAUAAGAUGCGAAAUGGAUAUGAAUUGUCUCCCACGGCAGCAGCUAACUUCACACGCCGAAACCUGGCUGACUGUCUUCGGAGUCGGACCCCAUAUCAUGUGAACCUCCUCCUGGCUGGCUAUGAUGAGCAUGAAGGUCCAGCGCUGUAUUACAUGGACUACCUGGCAGCCUUGGCCAAGGCCCCUUUUGCAGCCCACGGCUAUGGUGCCUUCCUGACUCUCAGUAUCCUGGACCGAUACUACACACCGACUAUCUCACGUGAGAGGGCAGUGGAGCUCCUUAGGAAAUGUCUGGAGGAGGGCCCUGGCGGGGCAGGCUCCAGUACCGCACUCGGCGGAGGCCGAAGGUCUGUGGGGCAGGACAGGGGUUCCGCGUGCCGUCGGAAGGGCCGAGGACGAAGGAGGGCGCUAAUUCACUCCCCACUGGGCUGGCGGCGACGCGGAGGGCCAAGGUGCAGGCUGCCCCAUGGAUGCCACACGUGGCUCAACGGCCCAGCGGGGAGAAAAGAAGUGAUUCAGUCCCUGCCGAGGAUUGCUGCCACCCAGGCACUGUUGGCGGACUCAGUGCCAGGCAGCCUUAAUGGCCAGGCAACGUCUAACCCAGGAGGUGGGACACAACCUCGGAGUCACCAGUGAGAAGUGGCGAGCUGGGAGAAAAGUCGGGUUCCUGCAUUUGUCACCUUCUGCCUCCAGCCAUGGUAGUAAACCACCGCGGCCAGUCCCAACCCAUCCCGGACCCCUCGGGUCUCACCUGCAGGUCCUCCAGACCGGGGGCCGCCGCCAGCCCCGGAAGGCCGAGCGG